AUGGAAUCUGAUGUAAUUGACACUUUGGCCUCCUACAAACCUAUCUCGGACAUUCUAGGACUAGAGGAGGAUGAUGAGUGCCAUAUUUACAAGUUUAACAAGGCGUUCCAGAACGGAGAUAUUGAGAAAUUAGUAGAGUUAUGCUAUUCGACAACUCCAAUUCAAAAAUUGGAAAAUAAAUUACACACUUGGGCUGAAAAUCCCAAGACCAUUGGAGCCUUAUCCGCUACUCAGCUUUCUGUCUACGCCAGUAAAGAAAGUAUCUUUAUUCAACCAUUUCCACUUAUUCACAAUGAUUUGUCUCAAUUUAUUAUUUCAGACGAACCUGAAUUUAAGGAUGACAUACUCGCCGCAAAUGGAAUUGAGGCACUUGCCGACCUACUUAAAAGUGAAGUGAAUUCCAAAUGCUGUGAAGAAAUGUAUGAACAGGAUGUUUUCCCCUACUUAAUCAAGGGAAUGAAGUCUUCUUUGGACCCCUUUAGGGCUGCUUGUGCUCAAACAUGCCGUAAUAUUUAUUAUCUGGGUAUUUAUUUUCAUUUCCUUAAUUUCAAAUUAGAUAUCAAAUAUCGUAAAGAAUUUAUGAGACUCGGUGGAUUGGUCGCUUUGGUUUCAUUGUUAAAUUUAUCUGACGACUCUGACGAGAUGUACUUGACUCAGCUGGAGGCUAUAUACCAUUUGGAAGAUUUUUGCAUGGAUGGAAUUGAAGAAAUACCUGAACUUGUCGAGUAUGUUAAAGCUUCUAACGCCCUUUCUAAACUUCAAUCCCUUGAGAAGGUUCAUUUCACUUGA